GCAGUGAGUGGCUGGGAAUGAAUUUGUGCAGCAGGCUUCCUCCCCCCGUGGUGGCAUGUGAUGGGGUCCCUGUCCCAUCCCUUUAGGCUCAAAGGCUGACUUAGUGCCCGGGGCCAACCCUGCCCAGACGUGGGGCAGGGAGCGCCGUGGCCAGAGCCCCGUGGCCGGAGCCAUGGCCAGGGCAGAGGCCGUGCAGUGUUCUCAGUGGGCCCUGUCCCCCUGCCCUCCAGUGUGUGACGUCCUGCUGCCCAGCGCCCUGCAGCCCUGGUAUGCCGAGCAGCGCUUCACCCUGCCCCUGCUCUCCGCACUGGUCAUCCUGCCCCUGUCUGCCCCGCGGGAGAUCGGGUUCCAGAAAUACACGAGCAUCCUAGGCACCCUGGCCGCCUGCUACCUGGCUCUGGUCAUCGUGGUCCAGUACUACGUCGGGCCCCAAGGCCUCGUUCGUGAGACCCGCCCUGCAGUGAGAGCCACCUCCUGGACAUCCGUAUUUAGUGUUUUCCCGACCAUCUGCUUUGGAUUCCAGUGUCAUGAAGCUGCCGUGUCCAUCUACUGCAGUAUGCACAACCAGAGCCUCUCCCACUGGGCCCUGGUCUCCGUGCUGUCCCUGCUGGCCUGCUGCCUCAUCUACUCGCUGACCGGGGUUUAUGGCUUCCUGACCUUCGGGACAGACGUUUCUGCCGAUAUCCUGAUGUCCUACCCGGGCAACGACGUGGUCAUCAUCGUGGCCCGGGCUCUCUUCGGGGUCUCCAUCGUGACCGUCUACCCCAUCGCACUCUUCCUGGGGAGGUCCGUGAUGCAGGAUUUCUGGAGGAGGAGCUGCUGCUGGGCAGGUGGGCUCACGGCCCUGGCGGAGCCCUCAGGGCCGUGGGUCCGGGGGCUGCUGACCGUGCUGUGGGUAGCCGUGACGCUGGCCCUGGCCCUGUUCCUGCCCGACCUCAGCGAGAUCAUCGGCAUCAUCGGGGGCAUCAGUUCCUUCUUCAUCUUCAUCUUCCCAGGUCUGUGCCUCGUUCAUGCUGCCAGCGUCGAGCCCAUGGCUCCGAACGUCAAGUGCUGCUUGGAAGUGUGGGGAGUGGUCUCCGUGCUUGUGGGCACCUUCAUCUUCGGGCAGAGCACGGUGGCCACGGUCUUGGAACUCUUCUGAGCGGGAGGGGGUCGGCCCGGCCUCCACACGGCGCCGGUGUGGCUGCCCCCGUGUCCAGCUGCGACCCGUGUCCUUUCAUCAUAAAGAUGCUGCGGAAACGGAACCGUCCUGUCUUCUAAGGCUGCUCAUUUGGGCUUGUGCGGGUUCAGGGGGUUUCAGGUGCAGUGCUGAGGAGGGUGUAUUGGCGUCCUGGGGCUCCCCUAACAGAAGGCCACACGCUGGGGGGCUUCAAACACAGUCCCGGAGGGGGGGGUCUGAGAUUGAGGCGUGGCCAAGACCGUGCUCCCUCUGAAGGCUCUGGGCGAGGGCCCUCCCGCCGCCUCCAGCCCCUGGUGUUGCUGGCCACCCUUGGUAUUUCUUGGCCUGUAGACACACCCCUCCAGCUCAGCCUCCUGCCCCCACAUGGCUGGCUGCUCUGUGUGUCCGUCCAGAUUUCCCUCCUCUUACGAGGACACCAGUCAUUGGAUCAUGACCACCUUAGUCCAGGAUGACCUCCCCUUAACUGAGGGACUGCUAAGAUCCUCUUUUCAGAUGAGGUCACAGUCACAGGUUCCAGGAGGUGGGCCUUCAACUUAAUAUCUCCAGGGGAUACAGUUCAUACCACAAGCAGGGGCUGAGGCCCAGGGAGCUCUGCUUUGGCCCACACUCCGAUGGGAGGGCCCCAGGGAGAGCCCCCCAUUCCCUUCCGGCUGGACCUGAAGAGCCUGGGGGCCCAGUGGGCUGUUGGCUCUGUACUUUCUUCCCGACCCCAGCCAAUCCUGGGGUGAGGGGUGACACCUGCAGCUGAGGGUGAGGGGACCGGGGCUCGGCCCUGGGGCCAGGG